AUGGAUGCUUUCACACCCGCUCAGACUACGGAGCUCGUCUCCCGUAUUGGUGCGAAGAAGGCUCGGAUGAGGAUCGAUAAGAUGUUCAUCAACUCUUUCAUGGGGGGAGCAUUGAUUUCAUUUGGCUGUGCUCUCGCCCUCUCCACUAACACCGCUCCAUGGUUCCAAACCAAUGCUCCCGGGCUCAUCCGUACAAUCGGAGCGAUGGUCUUCCCAGUCGGUUUGAUCAUGGUGGUCCUGACAGGAGCGGAUCUGUUCACAAGUUAUUGCAUGUAUUCUGUUGUUGCUCUGCUUCACCGUCGAUGUAGCUUCUUAGAUCUGCUGAAGACAUUGUUUGUCAGCUUCUUUGGGAACCUGGCAGGUGCUCUGUUCUUCAUGGCAGUUCUCACAGGAUAUGGCGGCACAUUCGAGACUGGCGCAUAUAAAGAUGAAGCUCUCGCGUUCGCAAAAGCUAAAUGCGUUACUCCUGAGUGGCACCAGAUCUUCUUAAAGGGCAUUCUGUGUAACUGGCUCGUCUGCAUGGCCGUCUUCCUCGCCCUCUCCUCCCGCGAAAUAAUCUCCAAAAUCGUUUCCAUCUGGUUCCCAGUAAUGUGUUUCGUCGGCCUCGGAACAGAUCACGUAAUCGCAAACAUGUACUUCAUUCCCCUAGCUAUAUUCCUAGGGGCCCCCAAACCCCUGACCGUCAGUUACUACAUCUGGAAAUCCAUGAUCCCCUCCCUGCUUGGCAACUUCGUCGGCGGCGGGCUCUUCACCGGCGUAGUCUACUGGUAUCUCUUCCUCGCUGGGCAAGAAGUCGAGAUCCACUUCGAUACCAUGCCGUUAGACACGGCGGUCUACGAGCAAGGAGGCCCUCUCGAACACCAGAUUACCGCCACGGGUGCUGGCACCGGAUAUUCGUCAAGGGAGGACAAGGGCAAUGGGGCUGAUACCCUCCCACACUCGGGGAAUCAAGGUGUGAGUGGUUUUGCCAAGGAUUUUCAUGCGAGGCAUUUCAAGAAGAGCAAUUCGGCGAGCGAGAGUUCUGCCUAA